UGCAUUGAACAAACACUGAAGAAAGACUGAGAGACUGAGAGAGAGAGAUUUCUGAUCAUAGAACAACGAGAUUCCAGCAUUGUGAAAUUGCUUCUAGUCAUCUCCAUCACAGAGAGAGAGAUCUUGAGAGAGAUGGAAACCAAACAUUUCAGCCACAGGCAUCCCUUGGUCUUUGUUGAAAGAUUGGAAGGUGAAGGAGAGAAGGAACUUCUUUGUUCAGGAUGUGAGGAAUCUGUAUUGGGUAUCUGCUACAAAUGCUCUGUAUGUGAUUUUUUCCUGCAUAAAUCUUGCUAUGAAUUGCCCCAGGAGAUACAACACCCUAUGCACCCAAACCACACCCUUGUUCUCCAAAAACCAUCUGAAAAACCAAUAAUGUUUAAAUACUGUGAUGCCUGCCUCGAAACAUGCAAGAAAUGCUUCUAUUACCAUUGCAAUAGUUGCUGUUUUGAUCUUGACAUCAAGUGUGCUUCCCACUGGAGAAAUAAUGCCAACAAAGAUCAUCAACAUGUGUUCCAUCACAUCUUGAAGCAGAUCCAGUUUACUUGCGAAGCCUGUGGUGAGGAACGCAAGGACAUUGCUAGCCAAUGUAGCAUUUGUCAACUCUUGAUUCACACCAAAUGUGCUCACUUUCCACAAACCAUCAAGACUGUAGCACAUGAUCACUCCCUCACUCGCACUUAUUCUCUGAAUCAAGCUAAGGAGCAGCUAUACAAUGUAUUUUGUAAACUCUGCUACAAAAAGAUGGACACAAAAUAUGCUGCUUAUUAUUGCCAAGAAUGUGAUUAUGUUGCCCACUUGCCCUGCACUUAUGAUAAAUGGCUUAUGGAUGGAGCUGUAGACAUAAGUGUAACUCUUGAUGCACAGUUUGAGGAGAUAAGCCUAGAAGAGAGUGGAGUAGUUGGGGAGCUCAAACACUUCAGUCAUCAACAUAAUUUAUGUUUUGGUGAUAAGGAAAUAGAUCAAGACGAUAAGUUUUGUGAAGGGUGUGGGCAGCUAAUAUUGGACUCUUUUUACAAAUGUGAGCAAUGCAAGUUCUUCCUUCAUGAAAGAUGUGCUAAACUACCCAAAAAGAAGCAACACUUGCUUCAUCGACACCCUCUCACUCUCGACUCAAGGGAUGAUUGCAUGUUCUAUUGCAGUGCUUGUAAACAUCCUCACAGGGGCUUUAGCUACAGAUGUGAUGAGUGUUACUACAACUUGGACAUCCAAUGUAUUUCACUCCCGGAAACCUUUAAACAUGAAGGUCAUCAGCAUUCCCUCUUCCUCGCUAUAAGUUCGAUGGAAAAAUGCAAAGCUUGUGAUAGCUCAAGCCACAGUUAUGGUGCAUUCUACGAACCUGUAUUUGUAUGUACUGAGUGCGAUUUCGUCUUGGGUUUUGAAUGUGCAAGUCUUCCUCUUGAAGCUAGGUAUGAGACGCAUCUUCUCAAACUCACAUAUACUGUUGAAGAUGAUUCGGGAGAAUAUUAUUGUAUGAUUUGCGAGGAGAAAAGAAAUCCAAACCAUUGGUUCUAUUAUUGUGAAAAGGGUGGCUUUGCUGCUCAUAUUGGAUGCAUUUCUGGGUCAUGGAGCGCUUAUACAAUCGUAGUAAUAUUAUUCAUUAUUAAAUUAUGACAGUAUACAGUGCAGGGAUGUAGCCCAAGGAUCUAUCGAGAAAGGCAAAAAAAGUUUUUUUUA